AUGCCAGACUCAACCCUCUACCUCUACACUUCCCUGACCGCGGGGUCAUCGCACAUCAUCACCGCGACCUCCCGAAUUGAGACAAUCCUCAAAGCGAACAAACUGCCCUUCCGCGCCAUUGAUGUUGCCACCGAUGAAGCUGCCCGGAAGCUCUGGGGCCGACGCUCCAAGGGCAAGAAGCUUCCAGGGCUGGUGAAAUACGGCGAUAUUGUGGGAGAUCUAGAAGAAGUCGAAGAAUGGAACGAGUUUGGCGAAUUACGUAUGGUAGUAAAUAGCGUGCAGGACCUAGGGGGCAUGCCCGCCACCAGCUAUCCUGCCCCAGCCGCGACCGAGACCAAAACCCAGCCGACACCCGCCACCCCCAAACCCUCCACAAUCACAAUCCAAACCCCUGCCGUUACCAAGCCCGAAGACAAGAAGGAUGAUACGGCCGUUCUGGCGCUGCGCCAGGCCAGCUCGGAGGCUGCCACCAAGGCGAAGGCCAAGACAGAUGAUAAGAAAGAGCCGAAAGAACAGGCUGCAGAGGUACCUGUUGCCAGCCAUACGCACCGUGGCUCGGUGGCCCCCGAAUUGCCCGACACCGCUCCCGAUUCACCAAAGUCUACGAAACGCCCGGCCCUAGUUCCCGAACAAGCGGCCGUAUCAUCGGCAAACUUCCACGCGGAUAAUGCGGAGGUGCUGGGAUUGGUUGAGCACCAUCGCUCAUCCAGGGUGACUACGCUUGAGAACGCGGAUCAAGACAAGGCGGUACAUGAAAUCAGACAGUCCAUUUCUGCGGAGCCUACGGGCAACCUUGAUGCUCUGCGCAAGGAGGCCGCAGAGAAGGCGAAGUCCGAGCCGAUUGAGGAGGCGCCGAGUCCGAUCGUUGAUGUGGCCGUGGAGAAUAAGGAAGAGCUUAUGGAACCCAAUGAACCUAAGGGCAAUGCUAUCGCUGAAAUGAUUGCGACGGCUGUUGUGCCUCAAGCACUCAAGCCGGAGCCUAAAAGGAGGAGGCCAAGAAGACGGAAGAUGUGA